GAGUAAGAAAAACACACGGCGAUUUGAACAUUUCAAAACUAGCAAUGCCCGGACUCUCUCAGUGUCACCAUACUGAAAGCUUUGAUGAUGCUUACCUGAGGUGACUCCGUUGAUAAUGUUUCAUGGGCAUUCAACUACCGCAGAAACACAAGAAGUUGUCAGUUCUUUUAGCGGGGAUUUGCGGUAAACAGCAAAAAUGCCGCCAAGUUCAGGAGAAUUAUGGGGACAUCAUUUGAUGCCGUUACAAAUUCAUGUGGAUUGUCUAAUGCCGACUGGAAUUCUUUUACCGCUAAGAUGUAAUCGUGAUGCUACAAUGGAGAGAAUCAAAAGUGACUUAUGGGCGGAGGCAAAGCGUUGGCCCUUGUUCAGUAAACUGUUGGACCCUUCAUCCUAUAUUUUUGUUGGCAUUACACAAGACGCUGAGCGGGAGGAGUUUUAUGAUGAAACAAGACGGUUGUGUGAUUUAAGAUUGUUUCAACCUAUCCUGAAAGUGGUGGAGCCCAAGGGUAACAGAGAAGAAAAGAUGCAAAAUUAUACAAUAGGAAUGACUGUGGGUAUUCCAGUAAAUGAAUUUAAUGAAAUGAAAGAACUAGAGGUCAUGACCUUUCGCCGGAAUAUUCUCAAAGUGUGUAAGGAAGCUGUUGAAGAUCGUAAACGUAACGGCAAACAUAGUCUAGCACUAUAUACAUACCCGCCAGACGUAGAAUCUUCCGCAAAACUUCCAUCUCAUUUAGAGCAGAAACUCCAACAAACAAAUAAACAUAUAUAUGUAUGUAUUUGGGUUGUGCAGCAAGACAAAAGUCGCAAUAAAUACACUGUUAAACUACCUCAUACUGCUAAACCAAAUGACGUUAUUGCCGAGACUAUACGACGGCGUAGUAGGAAUAUGGGAAGGAACAAGGAAGAAAUAGAACGAUGUAUAGAGGGGUUUUCGCAUACCUAUGUCCUUAAAGUAUGUGGCUGUGAUCAGUUCCUGUUUGAGGGUUAUCCCAUUAGUCAGUACAGGUUUAUACGUGAUUGCAUUGCUGGAGGCGUUAUUCCACAGUUAAUGCUCUUGAAAAAAGAAAAUGUCCAUGAUGCUCUAAGAGAUACUCCAUUUCAUGUGCCAUCAUAUGUUCAAAGAGGUGUUCAAGCUCUGACAGAUAUAAAUAACAAACAGACAUUGUCACUUCUAGAAAUGAAUGUCAACUUUAAGAUAAAAAUCCAUUGUGCAACAUACGUAAAUGUCAAAGAAAAAGGCAAUAUUUAUGUAAAAGCUGGCCUUUACCAUGGUACAGAGCCUCUAUGUGAGGUUAAACAAACGAAGGAAGUUGACAAUACAAAUCCACGCUGGAAUCAAUGGCUGGAGUUUUUAUAUUUACCUGACAUUCCACGAAGCUCUAAGAUCUGCUUUUCCAUCUGUUCUGUGUCCAAGAAAAAGAAUAAAAAGACACAUUAUGCAUUGGCUUGGGGAAAUCUUCAGGUGUUCGAUUUUAACAACAGACUUUUGAAUGAUAAAUUUAGUCUUCACCUGUGGUCCUUGCCACAUGGUCUUGAUGAGACAUUAAAUCCUAUAGGUAUACCGGGUUCAAAUCCUGACAGAGACUGUCCCUGUUUAGAGAUUGAGUUUGAAAAAUUUAGUCCUACUCUGUCAUACCCUCCUGACAGUCAGUUAGAGGAAUUAGCAAUGUAUGCUACAAACAGAGAUAGAGGACAGUCUUCCAUGGCUUUGCAAGCAGAUGACUGGAGAUUGGAAGAAUCUCAGCUAAUGGAGAUCAUCAGUCGAGAUCCACUGUAUGAAAUCUCCGAGCAGGAAAAGGAACUCUUGUGGAAAAGAAGAGAUUACUGUUUGCAUCAACCUAACUCAUUACCAAAGCUCCUUAGUGCAAUAAAGUGGAAUGAGAGGGAAAAUGUCGCUCAGCUAUACAUGUUGUUAAAGCAAUGGCCAACAGUUACCCCAGAAGUUGCAUUACAACUGUUAGACUGUUCAUUUACUGAUCUGAAAAUUCGACAGUUUGCCGUACACUGUCUUGAGAUUGGCAUGGCUGAUGAUAAACUGCAGCAGUAUCUUUUACAGUUUGUACAAGCAUUGAAGUUUGAGCCCUAUCUGGACAAUCCAGUUGCGAGAUUCCUACUCAAGAGGUCUUUAAUGAACCAGCGUAUUGGACAGAAACUGUUCUGGCAAUUAAAAUCUGAACUGCAUCACAAAGCAACAAGAGUCCGGUUUGGACUUAUACUGGAAGCAUUAUGUCGUAGUUGUGGACCAUUCUUACAGACAUUGUCAAAACAAGUAGAAGCAAUUGAGAAAAUGACCAAGCUCACUAAUAUGUUGAAAUAUGAUGUAAAAGAGGAUAAAAUAGAACAAAUGAAGUGCCUACAUGACCAGCUCCAGCAGCCAGAUUAUCAGGAAUGUCUGCAGAGUUUUACCUCUCCUCUCAACAGUAGUCACAGACUAGGACUGCUGAGUGCGGAAGAAUGUGAAGUAAAGAUGUCCAAGAAACGACCUCUGUGGAUGGUGUGGCGUAACCCAGACGAUCUGGCAGAUCUUUGGUACCAAACUUAUACAAUUCUCUUCAAGAAUGGCGAUGAUUUACGGCAAGACAUGCUGACAUUACAGGUGAUAAGCGUAAUGGACAGCAUUUGGAAAUCAGAGGGUUUUGAUCUCAGACUGACACCAUAUUGUUGCCUAGCAACUGGACAGGAUGUGGGUCUAAUAGAAGCUGUAAGAGAUUCUACAACAAUCAUGAAAAUCCAGGAGAAGGGCGGGGCUAAGGCAACUUGGCAAAUUGGAGGUGCUAAAGCCUUACAUAGUUGGAUUAAACAGCAAAAUGCAGACAGGUAUGAGGAAGCUAUUGACACAUUUACAAGAUCAUGUGCAGGGUAUAGUGUUGCAACAUUUGUGCUUGGUAUCGGUGAUAGGCACUCUGAAAAUAUCAUGGUAGCCAGAGAUGGACGGGUAUUUCACAUAGACUUUGGGCACUUCCUGAACCAUAAGAAGAAGAAGUUUGGUAUCAAUCGUGAAAGGGUGCCUUUUGUGUUAACAGAAGAUUUCAUGUGUGUAAUAGCUAGGGGAAGGGACCAACCGCAUAAAACUAAAGACUUUGAAAAAUUUCAACAGCUUUGUGUGAAGAUAUACCUUGUUUUGAGGAAGCAGGCAGAUCUGAUUAUAAACUUAUUCACCAUGAUGUUAUCAUGUGGGAUUCCUGAACUACAGUCAUUGGAUGAUAUUGGCUAUGUGAGAAAAACACUUGCUGUCGAUAAAACUGAGGAAGAAGCCAUUCUUUAUUUCACACAACAAUUGAAUUCAGCUUAUAAAGAUCAGAAGUACACAAAAAUAGACUGGUUCUUUCAUCAACUGAAUAGUAAAUAGGAAUAUUGCAGCUGUGCAACUGUGGACCAUUUAAUGUUUAGAACUGCUAUUCUAUUUGAACUGAUUCCUUUCAGAAAACAGCUUGAAAUAAAUCAGAAAACACUUUACCUUUAGCCUGCUAAUUUCUAAAAUGGACUGGUAUAUCAUUCAAUUUGGGCAGCACUACUUAUUAUUCAAAGGGGUGUUUACUGAAAAUUUAUCGACUGAAUAGCAAACAGUGCAGACCAGGAGCAGCCUGCUUGGACAUACAGGCUGAUCUUGGUCUACACUGGUCCCAAAGGCAGAAUCAAUUGCUGCCUAUAGGCUAAAGGUUAAAGCAUACUAAUACCAGUGUUUUCUGUAUGCAGUAAUGUGAUGAUUUUCAUGAAUUUAAUGUAAAACACUGAGAACGUAGAGCAAAAUAGGAUGUUGAUGUACAGUAAACCCUGUAUAAAGCAGCCAACCAAGGGAUCAACACAAACUUGAUGCUUAAAACAAAAUGAAAUUAGAACAAAAAGUUGGUUUGAGAAGUUAGCUGAUUGGUUGCUUUACUGCCUGGUAACGUAGGUUCGACUGUAUUGAUAAAAAAAAUCAUGCAGCUUCUUUCGUUUUACACUCAGAAUACAUCCGAAUGAUAUGAGCUUCAAGUUUCCAGUUUCACAUUUAAACAUCUGCUUAAUGUAUUCAGACUGCAUUGUUGUGAAAAUUCAGUAGCAAAAAUCCAGUUGAUGAAUAGAAACAGCUAUUUAUUGUUUAAUUGUUUUGAAAAUUGACCAAUCAGAACAUUGUGUUCAUGUCAAGGAAAAUAUUUAUGGGUAAUCAUGUAUGAAAUGGUGGCAGAUGUGCAAUAUUUAAGCUACAGGUCAUUUAUUAUUAUUUUGUUGUGUGGCUUUAAGACAUCACAUAAUCUAAAACUAAGUUUUUGCAUCACCAUGCUUGAUCAUUCUGUUUGUUUUGUUUGUUUGUUUUGGGUUUAACGCCGUUUUUCAACAGUAUUUCAGUCAUGUAACGGCGGGCAGUUAACCUAACCAGUGUUCCUGGAUUCUGUACCAGUACUAACCUGUUCUCCGCAAGUAACUGCCAACUUCCCCACAUGAAUCAGAGGUGGAGGACUAAUGAUUUCAGACACAAUGUCGUUUAUCAAAUAGUCACGGAGAACAUACGCCCCGCCCGAGGAUCGAACUCACGACCCCGCGAUCCGUAGACCAACGCUCUACCUACUGAGCUAAGCGGGCGGGCUUUGAUCGUUCUGUGAUGCUUACAACAUGUGCAUAUUUUCAUGUGAUGUUACAAACUUAAGUGCUGAGUAUCAGUGAAACAUACAUAUGAACCUUGAAUUUCACAAUUUGGACAUUGUUUUGCACUUUUCCCGAAAACCAAAAUUAUGAUUACGCAAACUAAAUUUGAACUGUAAUGUUAACUCCGGCAUAGCCAUAAAAUGACAAAAAUAAUGCAAAAGCAUGGUUUACUGUGCCAUCUGAUAGUUUUUAUCAAAUCAAAUGUUGUAUUUUGGGAAAUUUUAUGAAAUGCCCAUAGAAACAAGUUUACAUUUCUGUUGCAAAAGGCUACCUAAGGAUACUAACAAACUUAAGGAAAGUAAAGCAAAUCUAAACUGAGCCCAUGGGGGUAAAAGCGGUCAAUUUUGUGCACAAUUCUCAAAAAAAAAAAAAAAAGAAA